AUGUGUGAGUAACAAGUGUGAGCAAUGGUGACAGUGACACAAGCUUCACGAGUUGCAGGCAGGAGCAUCAGUGGUUUAUGACCACACAGAUCUUUUUCUUGUUUGGGUUCUUUGUGGUUUCUGUUGUGGUUUUGGGUUUUGAGGCAGGGACUUACUCUGUAACCAUAGUGAUUUGGAACACGUUAUGUGGCCCAGGCUGGCCUUGAUCUUAUGAUGUUCUGUCUGCCUCAGCCUCCCUGGUACUGGGGCUACAGGUUGGUUGUACGACACUUAGUUCAGCACAAUAUGAAACUGCUCAUAUAUUAUUGAUUUCCUCAUACAGGACAGAUUCAUAAUUUAUUUGAAGUUUCUAUUGUAUGUUUUCCAGGAUGAGGAACAAGAACAGAUUCCAGAGUUGCCAGAUCCAAACUUAGAUAUGGGCAUUUUGCCCAGAGAGAUCCGGAAACUGGUAGAGCGGAGAAAACAAGUGAAACAGCUAAUGAAACAGCAGGAUUUAAAUCCAGACCUUGUUCUUCAGUAUGAUAUCCGACAGAAGGCUUUGAAGCUCACAGCGAACAGUAUGUAUGGUUGCCUGGGAUUUUCAUACAGCAGAUUUUAUGCUAAACCGCUGGCUGCCUUGGUGACAUACAAAGGAAGGGAGUGAGAAGUUGGAGAACUGGGCAUCUUGUCUGAUCCCUCCCCCCUAGUUGUGGGCGUCCGUUCUCUUUUGGAUUACUUGUGGGUGCUUUCCAGGGCCUUCAGGUAGUUGUUUUCCUUUCAUUAUUUGUUUGUUUGCCAUGCACUAAUAACAGUUGUUUUGUGUAAGACUGUUUUAGACCAGUGGUAGAGAUAGAAUUUCUGGGUUUCUGAUUUUGUGAUUUCUAGCAAAAAUGAGAUAUAUUUUAAAUGGCUGCAAUCAAAGCAUAGAACUUGAUAACUUAGCAGUAUUUUUAUUGUUGCCUUUAUUGGGUUUGAUAUGGCAUAGCUCUACUGGAUAUUUAGAAUAAAUUAUGGAGUUUGGGGAAAAGCAAAAAGGAAAUGUUGGGUUAGCUCUUUGAAAAUGUUUUCAGCGGGAGAGACUGUUACCACUUUAAAAACUAUACAUUUUGAAUACUGAAUAUGCCCAGUUUUUUAAAAAUGAUUUUGAGUGGUUUGCCUGUCACAGGGA